AGGAGGCGGGAGGGGGAGUGGGCGGGGCCAGGUGUGCCCCGGCCCCGCCCACACCUGCCGCCGCCAUCAUGGCCGCCGUCAUGGCCGCGCUGCUGGCGCUGCUGGCCCCUGUCACCCCGUUACAGGUGACAGUGACGGACCCCCGGACGGUGGCCCUGCUCUUCCAGCCCGUCCUGCUCCGGUGCCAGUACCAGACGUCGGCCCUCGAACCCCCCAUCGUCACCUGGAAGUACAAGUCCUUCUGCCCCACCCCCCAAGGGGACAGCGGGGUUGUCACCUCCCCCGGGGACACCCCCGACGUCGCGUCACCCUGCCCGGACGCGGCCCGCACCGUCCGCAUCGUGGCCACCAAGCAGGGGGGCCUUGUCACCCUCGGGGACUUCUACAGAGGGCGCAGCGUCACCAUCUUGGGAGGGGCGGAGCUGAGCCUGGGCCCGGCGGCGUGGGGUGACAGCGGCGUCUACGUCUGCACCGUCACCUCCACCCAGGACCUGGAGGGCAACAAUGAGGCCGUGGCUGAACUGGUCGUGCUGGGGUCCCUUUCGAAGGCCACUGACCUCUUGCCGGGCGUCGAACUGGGGACCCUGCCAGACUGGCUCUUUGUGGUGCUGGUGGGGCUGGGGGCGGCACUGGGAGCGCUGGGGCUGGGGGUCUGCUGGUGCCAGUGCUGCCCCCACACCUGCUGCUGCUUCCUGCGCUGCCCCUGCUGCCCCCGCCGCUGCUGCUGCCCCGAGGCCCUGUACCUGGCGGGGAAAGCGGCCACCUCCGGUGGGAUGAGCGGAAUCUACGGACCCCCCCCGCCCCCCCUCGCCCUGCGGACCCUCGCGAGCAGCCAGAGCUCCCAGGUGCCCCUGCUGCGUGACAGCGAUGGCAGCGUCGUCUCAGGCCCCCCCACGCACCCCCCCACCAUCCUGCGUUACCUGGAGGAGCAAAUCGGCGCCUUCGAACCCCGUGGGCACUACCCCCCCUCGCGGGCAGCCCCCCCCCUCAGCGACAUCAGCUCCCUCCACGAAGCCCCGGACACCUGGGUCCCCCGAGGACGCCCCCCGUCCCCCCCUUCCCCCCCCCGGGGGCGCUGGCGUUCGGCGGAGGUUUUGGGGGGAUCUGGGGGGGGGUCACCCCCCCCAUCCCGUCCUCGCUCUCGUUCCCGCGAUGAUCUUUUAGGGGGGGCUGAGCCUCUUCCCCGACGACCCCCCGGACCCCCCCGGCGUCUCCGUAAGCACGAUGCCCUGAGCCGUGAGAGCCUGGUGGUGUGAGCGACCGGACGCCGGGGUCCCCCCCCAAUUGUUGGGGUCCCCCCCCACAUGUCGGGGUCCCCCCCCACAUGCCGGGGUCCCCCCCUGAAUGCCAGGGUCCCCCCCAAUUGUUGGGGUCCCCCCGAAUGUCGGGGUCCCCCCCCUGAAUGCCAGGGUCCCCCCCCGAAUGUCGGGGUCCCCCCCAAUUGUUGGGGUCCCCCCUGAAUCCUGGGGUCCCCCCAAACACUGGGGUCCCCCACGGACCUCUGCGUUCCCCCCCGUUCCCCCCCCCCCCCCCGAGGCUAUUUUUGGGGCCAUUCGGGUGUUUUUUGGGGGGCCUUUUUUAUAAUGUUAGUGGGGGGGGGAGGGGCUGGUGUCACCCCCUCCCCCGCUCGUGAUUUGGGGCCAAAUAAAGGCUUUUAGAGAAAAAAAAAAAAAAAGAA